AUGGCGCCGAGGACGCUCUUCCAGAAGGAGGCAGGCAUCCGCGUGAUUCUCGCGGUACGAAGAACUAAGGCUUCCAGGUGGGGCGUUACGUUUUCAAGAGCAGGAACAAUGCUCUGUGUGGAUUGGAUGCUUGCCUUGGCUCCUGGCUAGGAUGGUCCUGCAGAUGCGUGGCAUCAUCCUCCCUGAUCACAAGUGGGACAUUUGAUGGUGCGGUUGGUGGUACUAUAUUCUCCUUUUCCGUUUGCCAUUCUUCAUCAAGGUCGUGAUUACGCUUAUGUCAAUAUGCACAAUGUCUACCACAUUACCCAGAAUGAGGGAUCGGAAUUACGGGUUAUUUUUAAUUGCUUCCUCUAGUGUAACCUGAUAGAAGAAUGGGGUCCUCCACUAGGGUCAAUACAGAAUAAUCACUGUAAGCAUAACGGCAUUCUACGGCUUUAUUCUAAACCCGUAGAGCUGUUGGUUUCUGUUCGACAGAAUCAUGAGAGGACAAAUUGUUGCUUCCUCUUCCAAUAUAAACAACCUCAUUGCAGUCUGUCUUUUGACUGCACUCUCGUGUUAUGUAUAUCCUUGCUGUUCCAUGACCUCGUCCCUUGUGCUGCUUCUCGAAGCAUGAAAUUCUCAAAGCUGUUCGGUUUGCAGGGGCCUCUCCGUCGGGUGUACCACAGCAAGGAGUUUGAGGAUUCAGAAACAUGGGUUGCAGAUUGUGAAGGCAGGGCAGUGACUAUCCUGUACAGUUCAAUCGGCAAAGAUUCAAUUCUAGUGAUCGCCUGGAGCAGUGGACAGCUACAGGUUGAUGCCCUUGCUGAUGAAGUGCAACCUCUAUGGAAUAUGGACAGUUCUCCUCAUUUGCGGGUGAAUUCACGGGGCCACAUAGCACAAAUGGGCAUGAUUUGUGAGCCGAAUUCACAAGAACCUCAUAACAUUAGAUUCCUUCAAGGAAAUAUGAGCAGCAAUGCGGCGGACCCGGUUUGGUCUGGAAAUCCACCCCCCUUACUUAGGCUGGCUGUUGUGGACUUGGCAUUACCAAAGGCAGCCCUACAUCACCCAGUGUCGGUUUUUUCGGAUCCGCUGGUCUCCGAGAGGCUCUACUGUUUGCAUGGCGGAGGAAUAGACUUGAUCACUCUGCAUUUUCUCCCAUUCUCGAAUCUCACCCCUGGAUCAGAUGAGUCCGCGAGUGCCCCCUCUGUGUGCCCUAUUCUAAGCACCUGCCACGGAGAGGCUUCGUCUCCCCUGCUCUAUGGUUUCGUUUGCAUAGCAGAUUCCUUUGGUGACUCGCAGGUUGUCGUGGUGACGUCUGUAUAUGAGUGCAUCUUGCUGGAGAUGAGAGGCUGGAAGGACAUGCCGCCGCAUUUUCUUGAUGAGAGUGUGAGACCCUCCAUUGGUCGUGAGGAUGUAGCCGUCAGUGAUAUUAUAAGCCGAGACCUCCUUAAUGGGCCGAAGGUCAUCAUCAUUCCGGACUCCACCAGCCUACGAUCUCUGAGUCCAGAAUCCAUUGAAGGCAGGUCAACGCUUCAUCACUAUAUCAAGCUCUUCCACGAAAAUUUUGUGGAGUAUGCUCAUAAGGUAAACCAAAUAUGAAUGUAUUUAUUAUUAUUAUUUAUUUUUCUGCAUGUUUUGUGUGGUGUGCAUUCCUUGUCAAUUGUCGUCUCAUCCCCUCCCCUCCCUGAUCUUUUUGAACUUCAGCGUCCCAUCCAUUUUCUCUUGAUCUCCAGGUGUAUGUUGAGCUCAAACAGCACGGAGAUCACCUCAAGGCAAUUCUCGGGGAGCAGCAUGCGCGUUUACAGGUGGUCGGCGAGUCGCUGAGCAGAUUGGAGGACAAGCAGCCGCGUUUGACAAGUCGGAUAAAUCGUGCCACUGAGGUGUACAGAAUCCAGGAGAGGCGCUUGCAGAGCUUCAAAAACCUACCGGGAGCCGACAGAAAACCACUGUCCAAGGCAGAAAGAGAGUUUAAAACCCAACUUGGUAUUGAAAGCCCUCUCCUUUUUAACCCUUUUAAAGCUUUGUCUGAUCUGACUUUCCUUGGCUUCCGAGCCGUGAGCUGUGUACAAUUUUGUGCGUCGUCUGAAUUGCAGAGAGAUUCAGGGACGUGGAACUCUGUGCCCUGGAUUUGUCCAUCGAAGCCCUGAACGGGAGGUUGAGGAGAUGUCUGCAUCCCUCCCCUGGCGGCCCGAUCCAGAGACUAUCUCAGGGGAGGCGUAAUCAAGCCCUGGACUCUCAAAGAAUCUCACAGCUGAAGGCGUCGAUGGGAAAGCUCUCUCGCGUCAACGAUGAGAACGUCAACAAGAUUAAGCUCAUCGAGCAGGUUCUACAUAGCGAGGAGGAUGACGGUUAG